UGGGAACUGAAAGUGUCGGUAGAGAAGUUAACGCCAUGAAUUUACUUUCCGUGAUUUGGCAAGUUUGUAAUAUUUUAAUGUCAGGAUUUUUCGCUCUUGCAACGUAUGUGCAGAUCAACGAUCCGGACGCGGGUUCGUGGAUGGUGGGUUACGGAGUUCCUGCGGUUCUUUGUGGAUUUAUUGGCGUGAAACCACAUGUGACAGAGUCUUUGGUCUGGAGGAGACUUGCUGACCUCCACAUGAUGGUUUCCACGGCUGUGGUUGCCAUGUUGGGUUGGACGCUCUUUAGGGAGCGGAUCACAGACCUGUUCCAGCAGGAGGAGGGCAGAGAACUGUCCGGUCUGGCGCUGACUGUUGUCUGGCUGCUCCUCUGUCGUCACUCUGGAAGGGCUCCAGUCGGGAUCCUCCGAGUCUGCACAGCUGUUGCCGUGACAGUGUUCCCUUUCGUGGCCUGGAUUUACUUCUACAUCCAUAAGGAGCUGAGGUCCAACUGGCCCUCACACUGCAAGACCGCUAUUUAGACGUCGACCCGGUGAAAUUAACCAACCAAGAGAACUGCUGAACCACACUGAAGAACCCCGGGAAUGAACCAAAGUUCCUGCUGGAACCCAGGAACCUUUUUUUUUUUUUAAAUAAAUCAGAUGUGUGUAAUCUUGAGGUCGGCACACGUGAUGUGGUGAAGUGGUGAAGUGGCCAAUCCGAAGGCGAGAAUUCGUACUUCUGUGACUGGCCGCUCGAUGACAACACGCUCGCUCUGUAUGCUGUUCCACUGAAAUCAGCCAGUUUUUUAUUGCUUCUGACAGCUAUUGUUGCCUUGAACAGUGAGAUUUAUACAUGAAGAUGACCUGAAAUGAACCGUUGUACAUCAAAUUGACUUUAUUGAUGAGUUUGACCACUUUGAAAAGUGACCAAAUUAACAUGGACUUGUAUGGAGCUCGGUGACGUUUUCACUAAGAAAACUCACCCCACGAGGUUAAAUGCCCGAAUGACCUUGAGAAUUGAUGGGAAAUAUGAAGGAAUGAGUUUUGCACAAUAAAUUGUAUUUAAUUCAUGCAUACUG